UGAGGUGGCCACGCCUCAGUGCUCCUCGGAGUGUGCAACAGGACAGACGGGACAGAGCGGUGCUGUGCGGAGCCCCCGUGCAGCCAACUCCUUCCCUGCUGAUCUGGAGCGUUUUGGAAGCGUUACUCUUGCAGGUGCCCUCGAGGCAAGACUGCGGGACUUGGUGACCCGUAGCCUUCCGAGGUUUCCCCUACCCUUUCAGCAGGUGCCUUUGAGGCUCAACCGCAGGACUUGCUGACCUGGAGCCUUUAAAAGAACUCUUCCAUCCUUGUGGCAAGAGCCCUUGAGACCAGACUGUAGCUCUUCCAUGGCUCCUCUCCUGCUGGUGCCCUCAAGGCCCCACUGUGGGACUUGGUGAUCAGUAGCUUUUCUCAGGUUUUUCUGUUGCAGUUGCCCUUGACGCCAGACUGUGGAGUGGUGUGGAGACGCCUUAGCCUGUUUGGGAUGAAGAAGGUGAAGGAAGGUGCUGGGGCUGCCCCAGCUCGGCAGCCUGAAAGAGUGGAGUGGUUUCAGCCCCUGCAGGAGGAUCCAGGCCAGGACCGGACACAAGAACAGGACCGUGCCCGUGGCCGCUUCUGCAGGGCAGCACAGACAUUUAGCAACCUGAUAGGACCUCCAUGUAGAGAAAUGAUCACCAUGCUGACUAAAGGCACGGCAAAGCCUGACACCAUGCUAACUCAGAGUCUGGCUUCUGCUCCCAGUAUGGAUUUCUUUGGGGAGAGAGUUGUGUCCCGUCGAGAUGAAGUGCCGGCCUUUGUGAGGAAAAUGCACCAGAGUCUCUCCUCCAACACACCUCCAGAUGACAGGCUGUUUAUUGACAUUUUGAGGCUGACUGAUAUACACCCUGCUGAUGUUGUGUUCACCCUCCUGCGCUGUGCCCCAUCAUGUGACAGAGCUGCUGCAACCAUGUGGAAGACCAUAGCCUCAUCAGGAAUGACAGUGGAGAAGGUGCUGCCAAAGCUGCUCUGCGUGAUGGAGGACUGGCCACUGCACAGCACGUCCACCUCCGAUGGGGACAAAACAGAUGUCUUUGCCCUGGCUGCAACCAGGGUGAUUUGGGAGAUCCUCCGCCUGCCCUGGUGCCCAGAGCCACUGGUGAAAUAUUCCCCCCCCCUCCUUGUGCAUCUGCUCUUCCAAGUCUUCAUCAGCACAAAGCAGAUGUCGGAGGAGGUCAACGCCUUCUGGAGGGGAUGCCGGGAGAAACGCGGCCUUCCCGCCAACCCCAACAGGUUUGCAGGGCAGACAGUGAAGGCACUGCUUCGCCGUCUGCGGUGUCUACAUUUGGUGAUGGCAAUGGAACGGAAGCAUGGCUGGGACACGCUCCUCAACGCUGACACCCACCACUACGCAGUGGGUCUGCUGGCCAGGGAGAUGCGCCGUGCCUCAAGCCCCUUGUGUUCCCCGGUUGCCCUCUGCCUGCUGGGGCUGCUCAUCAGGGAGAAGCCACGCUGGGAGCUUCCCGCCAUGGCAUUCCUUGUGGAGGUCCUGGACUGCCUGGACAUGACUGACUGCGGUGAAAACAUCCUGGAGAUCCUUUCAAGGCACCUACAGAGCGAAUGCAAAGAGAGACAUCGCCUGGCACUCAGAGGCCUCGUGGUGCUGAGCAAGGAUCCUGUAAUGGCCAAAAGAAUGUGCAGCCUCUCUGAAAGCCUUGUGGAGCUACUGCAGGAUGCGGAUGCAGAGGUGGUCGGGAUGGCCUUGCCGAUGUUCAUGAAUAUGCUGCAGAACAAAGACAUCCUAAUCUCCAGGCCCACUGCCCCGAAGCUGGCUGAGGCGCUCCAGCCACUCUUUGACAGUGACAACAGCCAUGUGCAGGUCCUCUCCAUUCGCCUUUUCCGAAAGGUGAUGGAGUUGGUAGUGGCUGAGGGAAAGAAACCCCUGGAGAGAUAUGUGAUCCAGAGCCUGCUCCCACUCUUUUUGCACUGGCAUGAGGAGAAACAGGGACUGGCAGAGGCCUCUCGGGAAGCUCUGCUUAGUGCAGCCAAGUUUCUGAAGAGGAGGGAUCUCAAUCAGCUGCUGAAGACAGAGCAGCCAUUGAAAUUUAGCGAGCGCCUGCUGGAAAAGGACAAGAGAAGAGUGGCCGAGUACCUGCACCAGGCCCUGCCAUACCUGGAGAGCCCACAGGAGCCACUGCGAGAGGCGACCCUCAAGUUCAUUGGGAUCGCCGGGGGGUACCUGAGGGGACAGCCUGAAGAGCUGCAGAUCAUCUGCGAAGCCCUUCAAGCCAUGAGAAAAGACAACUGUCCCUCCUACACAAGCGUGAUGGUUCAAGCCCUCUUUGACCAAAGAGCUGCAGUAUUAAAUUCAUCUUCUGCAUCGAGACAAGCGGUGUCCCUAGAAAAGCACCAGAUACCACUCAACAGGAGACCACCUGGAGACCAGAGGAAACCAUCUGGAGCUCCAGGCACUUAUGCUGAGCCCAACUGAACCUGCCAGGAAGGCCUUGUGGCUCCUGGUCUGUCCUUCCCUCUUGACCCAUCCCUGCCUCCAUACUGCUCCAUCCCUUUAGCCUUCAGACCCAGCCCAUUCCCUUCUCCUGCUCCCAGCUCAUCCCUCCACUUCCCCUUCCCUUAAUAAACAGUUGGGUUUCUCCCCCCUA